CCAAAUUACCUAGAUAUUAAUCGAGGUAUUUGAGUCCAAAUUCCUCAAACACAUUCUUAUUCAAAUGAUCGUAAAAGUAUUUUGAAAUCCUUUCGCCUUCUUUUGACCAUUGUUCCUGCAAUUUCUGGCACCAACUAAUUUCUCGCAGUUCCAUCAUUGGUCAAGAUCACACUUGAAAGAACGUCCAAUUCCCUCCUCCCCAAUCACGCAUGUACUUUCCUCCUUGGAAUCAGUGCAGAAAUGGCCUGUAAUAGAUUGUGAAUUUCUUUCCUCCUUGGUUUCCAGAUCUUGUGUGGAUGAUCUCUGGGUUGGUGUUUGAGGGAGCCGAUUUUCGGUUCGCUUUCUCCUCUCUGUUUUUCUAUCUACCCCCAUUCACUUCAUCCAUAGAUGUGGAUGAUUUGGGAGAUGCAUUGGCCAUUGUAGUCUAGGAUAGACUUUUGGGGAGCUUGGGAGCAGGAAAGGCAUUGUUGUGGUGGGUUCUUGACCGAUUUGCUCAGAAGUCAGAUAUGUGGGUUUCAGGAGCCACGUUUGUCCUUGUUCAGUGGUUACUCAUCUGGUUUGUCUGUUGUUGCAGGUAGAUCUUGGAGAGGUUAUGAUUUUGGUUCCCCACGUCCUUUCUUGCGAUCGUUGUCCUCUCGUCGGCGUUGUGUUGUCCUUUGUGGUGAUUCUUUCCCUAGCGAAGGACGUCUUGUGUUGGCAGGAGUUGGUGGCGGCGUGUUUCUAGAGAUGGGGGAUGCAUUCGGUGGCCACCAAGCAAUGCUUAGGGUCAAUUGAUGUAGGAUUUCUAGAUUAGACUUUGAGGAUCGAUUUGUUCAGAUCAGGGCUUGGGCCCCGGGUGGUUUUGGGCCUUGGUUUGGGUGUUGGGCUGAUGUAAAGCUUAGUUUUGAUUUCUUUCUUAGUGGGCCCUUUCCUUCCUUUCAUUGUUGUUUCAACCAUGUACAUUGUGGUUCAUAUUAAGGAAACGACUCAUUAACGUUAAAAAAAAAAACUUAGUAAAUUUCUUCAUCAAUUUUUCCAAACUCUGAUUUAGCCCAUUAAUCAAAAUUUAAUACUCCAUAAUUUCUUUGGAAACUAAAAUAGAGAUUAUUUACUGGGCUAGUUUGGUCUUGCUGUAGUUUUUACAUAAGUAGCUUUUGGGUAGAGCUUUUAGAGAAGCAUUUUUCAAAAAAAGCAGUUGAGUGUUUGGCUUAAAAACUACUAGAAGUGAUUUUUAAUAUAAGAGGUUAUGUAAAAUGACUAUAAAGGAUUUAUAAUAUAAAAUAUGAAUGUAAAUUCUAAACAAUAAAAAGUUGUGAAAAUGGAUCUUGUUAGGUUUCUUUUAUAUUAAAUAUUAUGAUUUUAUAAUUUAUUUUAUUUUUAAAAUGAUAUAAAUGAAAGAAAAUUAUAUUUUCUGCAAUAAAAUUAAAAUAUGAUAAUGAUAAUCUUGUAUUUUUAAAACAGUUUUUCGCAAAAGCUCCAAAUCGGAGCUUUUAGAGGUGUUUGGCUCUGCUUAAACUUUUAAAGUCGAAGAGCACUUCUAAAAGUCAGGCCAAACAUAUGCACUAUCUCAAUGAUACGCCAUUUGUUUUCCUUUUGUUUGGUGGAUAUAGUCUUUAGUCCGUUCAUAAGACCAUACAAAAUGGUACUAUACGACAAUACAUUUUACAAAAUUAUAUUUAUAUUCAUCUAACGGUUGAGAUAAACAAUUACUAAUAUUAUUUUUCUUUUACGGGAACAUGUUACUGUGUUCUACUAAAGGGGUGGGGGAAGAGAGAAAUAAGUGUCGUGACUGAGAUUUGAACCUGGAAACUUCGCUCCGAAAACAAACGACACGACCACUCAACCACGGCCUUGUUCGCAAUGAGUGAUAUUAUAUCAGUUAGAUAUUAUUUGCUUUCUAUGGUUUGCCACUUAGCAAAGUUGGUUUGGUCAAAUCAUGUUGGUCUCUCUCAUGCAUUCUCUAUUAGAUCAACAAUUCAAUAUACAUGAUGACCGUUGAACCAACUAACAAUGUUUUUAAUAGCUAGUUUUAAACGUGAAAAGGACCGGUAACGCGGACACUCUCUGUCCUUGUUUGGGGGCUUUUGGGAGUGAGACCUACCCAAACUACUAUUCUCUUCCUGAGAUUCCUCAAAUAUCAUGGAGAUCUUUGUCACGUUUUUAAGAAUCAUGUCGUGAAGAUCUACUCCCCCAAGCCCCAACCCCAUUUUUCACGUUACUUGAACACUCUUAUAAGUUAUAUGGUUAUUUCUUGCUGGCAAGCAACAAACUGGGAGCCACCUACUCCUCCUAUUGGUUAUUAGUAUUUUUUUUUUUUUAAGAAUAUUGGUUACUAUUAGUCCAAUAUAUAUCCAGUUGCCCAAUAGAUGUGGCGUAACAGGAAAGUAAUUUGCUUUGCCGUAACUUUGAUGAGCUCUCAAUUUUCUUUUCUACAGUCCAUGAUGACGUUUUUACCGUCCAUUUUUUUAAUUCGACAUUUCAACUCAAUCGAAAAGUAAGUCCAACAAUAUUGCUUUCAUUUGGAUGAAAUUUUGAGUUGAGUUAUUUGGGUUAAAAUAACUCUUUUGAAAAUAUUUUAUUAAAGUGAAUUAUUUGGGUUGCGAGUGAUUUGAAAUAAUUCUUACUCCUUGUUAUUAGAAAAUGACAUAUUUUACCCCUCUAUUAUUGUAAAAUACCGCAUGUCAAUGGUUCCGUCAAAAUAGAUAUUUCAAAUACUAUAUGUCAAAUUAUCACUAAAUUAUCACAUGGACAAUUAAUGAGUUAUUUACUCAAUAAAAAUAAAUAAAUAAUGAGUUAUUAAACUCUAUACAAAUACACUAUUAACAGUUAAUACAUCCAAACAACGCCUAUGUUCUAAUCUCUAAAAUAUCAUUUUGCUGAUUAAGGACAAGUGGUCACGACUUCAGUCCUUGCUUAUAUAUAGACUAGGUAAUGCCGCUCGCCUUCUUACUUUCAAACUUAUUGUAAUUCGCUAUCGAUUUACUAUCUAUCUAUGGCAAAAAAACAAAAAAUGAUGCUCGCGUUCCAUUGUGGGAUUGAGAUGAAGUGUUGAACCGUUUUUAUUAUUAUCAAAGUGCUCACAUAUAUUAGGGCUAAAAUGAUCCCCAAACGUUUAAAAUGUAACAAUAAUGUCGAAUAAGUAUUAAAAUAUAACAAAAUAACUAUAUCAUGUCUUUUCAUCCAAAAUGGCAAUUAGCUUGCUUACAAUAAGAGGGAAUUUUACAGGCUAGUGUCUGAUUAUACACGUGCAAAUGUAUUUUGUUAAAAAUUAUCAUUGCUUUUCUUAACAUAUUUCAUAUUUAUCAUGCAUAUACAAUAUUUUCAUGAAAUUGUAUUUUUCUCACUAAGUUUCUUCAUUUCGAUAAUUUAUUGUUGUGAUUUGUCACUUAUAUAAUGUCGGUAUAUGAAGAGUUGUUAACAUUAUCCAUGGAUACCCGAAACCCGAUCAUGUAUGUGUAUGGUUUGAUAUUCUAUCUAAUGCUUAUAUGGGUAUGAAUAUGUGUAAACCCCAAACUAUUUUGGGUUGAGAAAUAUAUAUGCAUUAUCUUACUCCGACUUGUUACCAUUUCUACCCAUAUUGCAUUUUAAUGAUAAUAUUAUUAUAAGCCAAGAUUUUUAUAAAAUAAAAUAUAUAGAAAGAGCCAACAACAAAAAGAAACACAUUACUCCAAUAGCACAACCCCAAAUGAAAAUCCAUUUUGAUUUGACAUUAUUAUUAUAUGAUGGUAAUAAAUGUAAAACUGAAAAAAUAGGUGACCAAAACUAAAAAUUUUAGGCAACAUUAUUAUUGUACGAUGGUAAUAAAUGUAAAACUGAAAAAAAUUGGUGACCAAAACUAAAACUUUUAGGCAACAUUAUUAUUGUACGAUGGUAAUAAAUGUGAAACUGAAAAAAUAGGUGACCAAAACUAAAAUUUUUAGGCAACAGUAACUUGGAUUCAAGUUUAUAUAUAAUAAUAUGGAGCUAACUUCAUGAUCAUUCAUUUACUGUUUUGUGAAAUUACAUGCGACUAGGAUGGCAAUUUUGCUCAAAUUUAUGAGUAUUUAUUUAUCCAAUUGAAUUAGGUUAGGUAUGAAACUCAAGUAUAAAGUAAACAACUCGAGCUUUAUGUAAAGCUAAUAGAUCUAUAGAUUUAGUACUUUUUUUUUUUUUGCAUAUAAGUCCUCAAAAUAUAAAUGGAAAAUGAUAUUUUAGUACCAAAAAGUUUGUGUCUUACAUUUGGAGAUCUAAAUUUUUUUUAAGUUUUACAAAUAGGUCCAAUUUUGUAUGUGUAGUUAAAACAAUCUCAAGUAAAUGGGUAUUUUUUAUAAGGGUGAUAUAGGUAUAUACCCAAUCCAUGCUCAUUUACUAUAUAAAUUAUGAAAGCUAUAGUCUUAUCCUAUCCAAAUUCAUCUACAAAUUCCAUACUAACAUAGAUUUCAUCCAUACUCUAGAUAUAAUCAAUUGAUUUAUUUGAAUUUGGGUAAAAUUAAACAUAGGUAAUUGUCAUCCCGACCGGUGACAAGGGAACUAGAACUUUAAUGUUAACGUAAAUACACUUUGUAAGUGGUAAUACAACUAGGAAAAAAAGAAUCACCAACCCCUUCCUCUUAACUCUCAUCAUUUUGCUCCGAUCCUAUCACAGACGAAAUUACCUCGAAACACCUAAUUUGAGAAGGAUUAUUUUCGAAGAUCGAAGACUACGUAUUUUCGCUGCAUAGUUUAUCUCCAAUUGGACAAGUGAUUAAUAAUUAUUGGAAUGCACCAACAACAUUUAUUUCUAACAUGAGAGAUACGUAAGCCUAAAGGUUUGAUUUAGAUAGUCUAAGUCUGGUAGAUUGUUGCCAAUUUGCCACUAAUUCACCCAUGAUUUCCUAUUACGUGCACAAUCGAAAUAGCGGACCAGCUAGCUAGGGAUACACAUAUAUAAAAAUAAUAAUCCGAUUUGGUUGGCAAUGGCAUGUGUGCUAGAAUAUUGGAUUCUCAAACUAAUUAUUAGUCAGUAUCAUUCAUCAUUUUUUUUUUAAAUUAAGAUGUGUAUUGUCUAUUGUGUGUGGCUCUAGUUUAGCAGAGGACUUGAUUAGCUUUGUGGUCAAAGUUGGCGUGUCGACGAUUUUCGUCGUGACCAAAUUAAACACAAGCUAGAUAUAGGCUUAGUCGUACCUCGUGGUAAACGGAUGGAUAUUUGAUGGUCCUUUGUAACAAAGACGGGCAUUAGGAGACAUGCAUUUAGAUCUGGCAAAUUACAAUCCGACCCGAAACCGCCCGAAAACUAGAAAUUUUUUAACCCGAAACUUGAAUGACCCGAACUCGAUAACCCGUGAUUUUUUGGGUCGGGUCGGGUGGGUUAGCGAGUCGACCCGUUAGACCCGUUCCAUUUUAUAUAUUACUCCCAAAAUAUGAUAAAAUCACUUAUAAAUUGGUGAUAUGUUUAAAAAAAUCACAAGGAUUUUAAUGACAUGUUUGGAGUUUAAGGAUAAUCAAAUAUCAUGUGUUUCUUGUAGUAGUAUCACUUUUGUGAUUGUUUUUUGACGAUUUGUGCAAUUUGUAUUUCAUUUCAUUAGCGUGGGAGGAUUUGAGAAUAUGUAAAUUGACAUGUGUUUGGUAAACUAUUGUCAUGCAUAUGUGAAAAUUUGUGUUCUUUAAGAAAAUAUGAACUAUGAAGCAUGUUUGAUAUUGUUUCUGUGAACGCUCGUAACCCGAAAUGACCUGUAACCCGACCCGAAACCGAAUGGGUUGUGUCAAUAUUUGACCCGAAAUCAGCCAACCAAACAUGACCCGACCCGUAACCGAAAUCUCCAACCCGAAAUUACCCAUCCUGACCCGAUUGCCAGAUACCACUACGUAAUAUUUAGAAUAUCAUUAUGAAAUAAUGAAUGCCAAUGUAUAUAUUUCUUAGUUAUUGUGUUUAUGAUGUCUUAUUAUUCCUACUCAAACUGUAUGUGUUGCUACUACAUGUGCGCUAUCUUAUCAUCGCCCCAUCCGAUUUACUCAAUGAUCUGUUCAAAUAGUGAUGGACAAGUUGGUUAUUGGUUUCAUGGGCUCAAGAUAGGGUGCAUAAUUAUGAGUUAUGCAUCCAUCAAUAACCAAAUCUAGACCCUUCAUUUAGAAAAUUCAGAUCUAAGGAUGGAGAAUUAAAGAUAAUUUUUAUUUUCUUUAACUUUUUUAAUCGGCUCAUAUCUUUUUCGUUUUAACUCGGAUUUUAAUUUUUUUUGCACAGGUGGAACGAGUUCAUCGUGCUCUACAAAAUGAGAUCAAUUUUCAAUAUUUUUUUAGAAACAAAAAAUUCUGGCCUCUCGGUACCAACUGCAUACUAUAUGGUAUUUUCUUCAUUUUUAAUUCGUUUUUGAAAACGUUUGCACAGAAGGGACGAGUUCAUCAUGAUAUAUUGGAUCUACAAAUUUCUGGGUGAACAAAUUACAGAACAAAAAAAUACCACACAAUGCCAUACAAUACCACCCUGGUAUUGUAUGGUAUCUUCUUCGUUUUUAAUUCAUUUUUGAAAACGUUUGCACAGAAGAGACGAGUUCAUCAUGAUCUAUUGGAUCUACAAAUUUAUGGGUGAACAAAUUACAAGACCAAAAAAUACCACACAAUACCAUACAAUACCACCCUGGUACGGGGUGGGAUCUUGUGGUAUACAAUGUUAAAAGUCGUAAAUGACAAUUAAUAUAUGUCUACUAUCAUGUAUUCAACCAUCCUACAGUCUUGGUUUGUUCAUACCACCAUGGUAUUUUUUUCAAACCACAGGUAUGCUUUUAUUUCAAUACUAGUCAAUACCAUAUGGUAUAGACUGGUAAAAAAUGACUCAAUUUUUUUUUGUUCGAAAAAUAUAUUAAAGUGAAUAUCAUUUUGAGGAGCACAAUUAAUCUGAUCUAACUGUACAAAAAAAAAAUUAAAUUUUGACUUAAAAUGAGUGAGAAAUCGUCCGUCAAAGAUUAAAGAGGGGAAAAUUAAAGGCUUUCCAGGAGAGAGAGGAUGCUGAUGUCAUGCUGAUGUGGACGGGUUACUCAUGGUUACUCACCAUAAGGUUACUCACCGAAUCUGCUCCCGGUUUCAUGUAAAUUUUUAACGUAAAAUUUUCCUUCAAAAUAUUUUUUUAAUUAAUUAUUAAUACCUAUAUAAAAAUAAUUUAUAACUAUUUAAUUAAAACUAUGAAAUCUACACAAAACUAAGUAAUAAAAAAAACAAAUUUGGCAGUCUAGCACUAUUUGUUGGAGCAAAUCUCACUUUUGGGAGCCAAAGUGCCAAAUAAAUUUACCAGUCUUAACACUUUGGCAUUUGGCUCCCUCCUUAUUGGAGAUGGUCUAACAUGGACAUUUUACGUGAAUUCAUUAAUCUUGGAACGUCACUCUCUAGUUUUGUUUUGUGUUCACAUCUCAAUAUAUGAAUUGGGCUAUCCCCUUAGUGGCAUGACUAGAAAAAUGUAGCAAUUAUGCACUCAAUUUUGGGUAUCUGACACUCCACGAUCCAAUAAAAUAGGUUAGAGUGUUAUAAACCAACUGAUAUCAAUAAUUUGAGUUGUUGUUAGAGGCCCAUGUAUGGUAUUUAAUCACUUUCUAACACGCACCCCUCAAAAGACAGUCAAUUCAUGAGUUUGAAGUUUGCAUAGACCCGUCAUACCAUGUGCUUGAAGAUAACGGUUAAUAUUGGGGGUCGUGAGGACCUGAACACGUGACCUUAAUGACAAACCAUCUUUGAUACCAUGCCAUAAACCAAAUGGUCCCAAUAACUUGAAUUGUUAGGAGAAGCCCAAUUGUAUGAUACUAAACCACUUCCUUACAAUGACAGUUCUCGUAUUUGUCGAGUAAGGAACAUAUAUAGGGUCAUACCCGAAAAGAAAGUGUCGAGGUUGAGUCAGGAUUAGGUUUAGAUGUCCUGCUAGAUCCUCAUACGUACGUAGUUUCAUCCCACACUCAAUUCCUAUGCUACAUACAAUCAGUUCCAUGUUAUAAUUGCAGCUUUUGGGCGAGAACCUUCAUGAUUAUCAUGUUUCCUUUGAUCCCGCUUGAAUUUUUAUCCAUUAGGGAGAGAGAGUUCUAGUGUGCUUUACGGCGACGGCGGAGGAGUCCGGCGACCAAAGAUCGCGGAGACAAAUUUGUCGACGACAGUGCUGGUUCGUGAUGUUUGUCGACCUAUUUUGUAAUGUUUAUAUCAAUUUGGUUUGUAUCAUUCCAUUCUAGUUUGUUAUUUUUGUUCACUAUGUUUGUGAUGUUUACAUGACUAAUUUGUAUAUAUUUUGAUUUAUAUUAUUUGUUGCUCUAGUUUGUUUGUUUUUUUUUAUGAUUUGUAUACUUUGUAUUCAUUGAUUUGUAAUACAAUUUUAUCGAUUUUUAUUGUACGUAGUGUUAUUUUGUAAUGUUAGUAUGUUUUGUAAUGUUUGCCGGUUUCUUCUGUAAUGUUUGUUAUUUUUGUAAUGUUUGUCUGUUUUUUUAUAAUGUUUGUAAGUUUUGUUUUUUGUGCACCAUGUUUGUCAUUUUUGUCAACCAUAUUUGUUAUAUUUUUUUAUGCCUAAAAAACAACCUGGUUGGCUUUUAGAUGGAACUCCUCUAUAUAGAGAUGGAGCCUCCAAAGUCAACCCGGUUGUUUUUCCAUUGUGUAUGGUUGUCGGUCUAGUUUGUCAUUUUUAUCCACCAUGUUUGUAAUGUUUGUAUGUCUAAAAAACAACUAGGUUGACUUUGGUAUGGAUCCCCUCUAUAUAGGGAUGGAGCAUCCUAAGUAAACACGGUUGUUUAUUUCGUUUUGUAUGGUUUGUAUUGUUUGCCGGUCUAGUUUGUAUUGUUUGUACAGUUUGUAUGUUUUGUAUUGUUUGUAAAUCUGUUUGUAUGUUUUGUCGUUUUAGUUUGUAUUGUUUGUAAGUCCAGUUUGUAUACUUCGUAAUUUUUCAUAAUUCUCAAAUUACCCUGCCACUAACUAAAAAUCUCUUCCCACUUUUUAACCAUUGUAUUGGUUUGUCAAGAUCUAAUGACUAGGAGGGGAUUAUCCUCGAUUGUUGUUUAUUAGGGACGGGAAUUGGUUCAAUUCGGUUAAAUUGGACCGGAUCUAUUUGAUUUUGAUUUUUGACAAAAUAUUCAAUCGAAAACCGAACAGUUUCCUAAACGGUCUUAACCAAAUCGGAUCAGAUAAUUUCAAUAUCAUUAACUAACUCCCCGCUACGAGGAUGAUCACACUAAGCUAUGAUAGCUUACUUUGAAGUUACUUCUAUUUUUCAUGGGGACGGAUCAAACCCCUAAUAGCUUACUAUAUUUUAUGGACAAAGAUCCAACCCUAACUUCAUGAAUCAUGAUCAAUAAACAAGGCAACUAGUACUCAAGCUUCCAAGAACUUAUCUAACAGUACUAUCACUAGUUUCAACUCAAAAGUAAAAAAUUUUGAAUGGCUUAAACGACACCUGAUAAUAAAGUUAUAUGAAUCUGAUAAGGAAACUGACUAUUAUUUUCUACCCCAUAUUUGCUUGGGAGAGGAGACCGAAACCUGUGACCCGGGCCUGUACGGGUGAGAAUCAAAUCAAUUGAUGGGCUGGGAAGAAGGUGCAGGACUUGGCCCGGCCCACCGAGAAACAAAAAAGUAGGAGAGAAUAUCAUUUAAUAAAUAAAUAAAUGAAGGCGCAACCUCCUGAAUCCUGAUCUCUAUCUGUAUUUCUGUACCUUGGCCUUCAACUCCAUUCCAUACUCGUGUUUCUAAUUUGAAUGCAGCAGCCAGCAGUGAGAGUUGUUUGUUGGACCGACUCAAACUUCCCCUUCUUACUUUUACUUUUACUUUUACUUUCCACCCGCUGCCUCACAGUCACAGACAGACAGAGUCACGCCCACACCCUCGUGCAAAGCGUGUGCUCUUCAUUUCACCCACUCCCAACCCCUCCCAUCUACCUUUUACUUUUACAGUUUGCUUUUUUUUCCUUCUCAAACAAUUUUACCCUUACUCUCCGGCUAUCCCAAAUACAUUUCAAUCAAUUAACUUAUCUACUCACAAUGUCAGAUUCCCCACGUUUUUAAUAUGGCCUUGGACUAUUUAUUUUUCCAAACUACUCAAAAAAAAAUUAUAAGAAAAAUCUAAUAAGCUUAAAAAGUUUAUUAUAAUUAUCAAGGAAGCCUUUCGAAGAAUAACAGUAAUUGCAACUAUUUUGCAAGUGAAAACAAAACCCAAAACCUCAGACCCUAAAAAACAAACAAGAACAAAUUGAGUCAUAAUACUGACUUAAUUGAUUCUUGAAACAAAAAAAAAAUGAAUUUAUUAUUUCGAUCUUUGCAAUAUUUAUGGCGACUUCUUCUCUACUCUACUCUAGUCUGGACUCUCAUGUAACUCGUGUCUGAGUUACUGCUACUCUCGUCGUCCUUCUUCCUUCUCCUACUCCCCCUCCCUCUUUUGGAUCUCCAAAAGAAGAGGGGCAAAUCCGGGUAUUCACCUCCCCUCCCGCCUUCCUUCUUCUUAUUCUUCUUCCCCCCAAGUUAAAGCCCGUUCCCUCUCUCUCUCUCUCCCAUACAUUCUCUCCUCUCCCAACACCUCGCAGCAGCCAUGUCCAAGGCAACCGCCGAACUCGAUUUCUUGGGCGCGCAGAGUAAUGGCGGCACUCCUUCCGAAUCUCGCUUCCAUCGCCUCCUCCGCCGCCAGAGGAGCCUCCGAGAUAUCCAGGGCGCCAUUUCCAGAAUCGAUCCGCAGGUCCUCAAGUCCGUGAUUUCCUCCGGCACCGCUCCUCCUGAAAACAAAACCAUCGCCGCCGCCGCUCCCUCUUCUCCCAAGCAAGAAGCCGCCGCUGUUUCGUCUCCGCCGACGCUUCCUCUCUUUUCUACCACCCCGAGUCCUGCUGCGGAAAAUCCUGGCGGAAUCGCUCCGUUGACCAUAUUUUACAACGGAACCGUCGUCGUCUUUGACAUCGCUCCUGAUAAGGCCGAGAACAUUCUGAAGCUCGCUGAGAAAGGCCUUUCACCUGCUCCGGGCGACCAAAAACCGGCGGCCGACUCCGUCCGAGGAGCUGACCUUCCGAUGGCUCGCAGGAAGUCUCUGCAGAGGUUCUUGGAGAAACGCAAAGAAAGGCUGACUACGCAUUCCCCGUACGCCUGCUUUUAGACUGGUCUACAGACUCUGGUGGCGGUGGAGGCUUUUUCUCGUUAAUUGACUACCCAGCAAGCCAACGUUGUUAUUAGUUAAUAAUAUAGUUAUUAUUGUUAUUGUUAUAAUCAUAUGAAAUGGUUCUUAUUUCUUAAUAUAUAAUGAUAUAGUAGUAGUCAUAGGGUCUGACUAGCAGAGGGGGGGAAACUACUGUUUGGGUUUGUGGACUUUGUUAGUCGUCUAAUGACUGCUCUCUGCCUUUUUCAAUUUGCGAUAUUGCACUUUUCAUUAUUAUUAAUUAUUAUUCAAUAUUUGAUUGAAAGUUCUUUAAGUAUUUAUUACCGAUUCUUCCAACGACUACUAUUAUUGCUUACUUUGAUUAAACUAUUAUUGUGGUU